AUGGCAACGUAUACCGGUCCAACACAGCCAAGUGGGCAUUCGAAGCAAUUUGUACUUUGCUUUGAUGGUACCGGUAACAAGUUCGCUGGCGAUGAAUCUGAUAGCAACGUGCUCAAGAUCUUUCGCAUGUUAGAUCGCAGUCAAAGUCAUCAAUAUCAUUACUACCAACCCGGCAUCGGUACCUAUACCACCACCGCAUCGCUCACCAGUCAUGGUCGUAUUCAACGCAUAAAGUCGUGGUACUUAAAGGCAAAAGACUCGGCCGUCGGUUCUUCCUUUGACGAGCAUGUCAUGGGUGGGUACAAGUUUCUCAUGCGCUAUUACUCCCCAGGCGACGAGAUCUUCUUCAUCGGCUUCAGUCGUGGCGCAUACAUCGCACGAUUCUUGGCCGAGAUGCUGGACUAUAUUGGCCUUCUCGAGGCGGGUAACGAAGAGCUCAUUCGUUUUGCCUGGAAGACAUUUGCCAAGUGGCAGCAGCGUGCAGGUGAAAGUGAGGAAGAUAGAGUGGAGAAGAAGAGACUCUUUGAGUACAUGAAAGCUUUCCGCGAAACUUUCAGCCGUCCAAUCUCACGCAUACGCUUCAUGGGGCUCUUCGACACGGUCAACAGCGUGCCUCGCUUUGAAAACGCCUGGAUGCAACGGAGCAAAUUCCCUUAUACCGCCCGAAGUUCUGCAAGAAUCAUUCGACAUGCGGUGGGGAUCGAUGAGCGCCGAGCCAAAUUUCGACAAGAUCUCAUCUCGGGGCCCCGACCACAAACUAGGGAGCACCGAAAGCUCCGACACCAUUUGCUGUCACGAUAUGCCUCUGCGACUCAGCAUCUGCAUUCUCAGCACCAGGGAGCUCAGGCGACAAGUGGCGAGCCGGAGGUGCCUGCCAUAACACUGAAUGACCAGGUGGAGCUGGCUCCCAGUGGUCACCCUGCUCUCCACGAUACCGCAGCGGACGUAUCCCACGUUCCUGGCUGGGGUCCUUCUGUGGGUGAAUCCUACUACCAUGUACCACCGUCUCGCUCCUCAAAUCAAGGUAGCGAGAAUAACCUUGCAGAUCACAUGGGCCAUCGGUAUCGGGCUCCGUCCCCACGACGGAACAGCCUCACGGUACCCAGGCCCGCGGGCUUGGUCGAUGAACGCCAAUCGGUUCGCAGCGGCCACUCUGGUGAUAUCUCGAUCCGCAUUCCGAGUCUCUCCGGCGAGGAAGAUGAUGAAGAACACCAGGACAUCCACGAGGUGUGGUUUCCCGGCUGCCACGCCGACAUUGGUGGAGGGUGGAAAUUGCAAAAGGGCGAACGGUGGGCUUUGAGUCACGCCCCUUUGGUCUGGAUGGUACAGGAGGCGCGCAAAGCCGGUCUUGAGUUGGAUGAGCGCAAGAUGAAACAAUUUCAAUGCUUGGAAGAAUUUGAAGGCGACUACAGUCCGAUCCGGGAGGACUGGAAGACUUAUGAACAGCAUUAUUGUGCUGACGGUCAUGGUGACAACUCGGAUGCCUUCCGGGCUGUCCCGGAAGAAAAAGAUCGAUCAGCUGCGAGUCGUGCGUUUUGGGACGCCCUGCACGAGUCUAGUACCAAGGGUGCUCUGCACGACUGUCUGAGAUUCAAUCAAGGUCUCCCUCAUAUAUCAGUCCUCUCGUGGCGCAUCAUGGAGUGGCUUCCGUUCCGACGCAUGGAUCUUCAAGAGGACGGUUCGUGGAAGCCAAUCUGUUGGCCUCUACCCCGCGGAGAGGUACGUGAUGUGCCCAUGGACGCAGAAAUCCACGUCUCGGCCAUCCGCCGCAUGCAAGCCGACCCUCAGUACCGCCCAGGCAACGUGAUCGUUGGCGGAGGUGGUCGUGGAGUGCGUGUUGCACCCGCGUCAUACGGAAUGGGCGAAUGGGUUGUUUUCAAGAACGAGGGAGACGGAGUCCGGGAGACGUAUGUUCGCAAGAGCAUCUCGAAGAAGUGCAAGGAGGCUCUUGAGCGAGAGCAGAAGGAGAAGAACACCGCGGAGUGCUGA